AUGGCCUUUGAGGAUUUCAGCGACCAGCAGUACGCCAUGGCCCGGUACAGUCAGAUGCCUCCGAAUCUGGACGAGGAAGGUAUUGGUGUCGAGGACGACCUUGAGGAAGAGUUGUCGCAGGAUAAUGGCGAGGUGGAAAAUGACGUCGAUGACGAAGCCGAAAACGACUCUGACGAGUUUGGCGGCCCGUCUGGAGCGUUCAGUAACGUCGGACAGGGUCUGAGCGGCAAAUACAAGAACAUGAUGAUGCAGUACUGGCAAGAAACCAUCAACUUCAUCGAGCACGACAACCACGACUUCAAGAACCACCAACUCCCGCUAGCGAGAAUUAAAAAAGUGAUGAAAACCGACGAGGAGGUGAAAAUGAUCUCUGCCGAGGCUCCCAUAUUGUUUGCCAAGGGCUGCGACAUCUUCAUCACAGAACUAACGAUGCGUGCAUGGAUCCAUGCCGAGGAACACAAACGAAGAACGCUACAAAGAUCCGACAUCGCCGCUGCUUUGCAAAAGAGCGACAUGUUUGACUUCCUAAUUGACAUUGUGCCUCGCGAAGAGGAAAAACCAAGAAAAAAACACUCCCAGCACCUUGCCAACUUGCAGAGCCCAAUGGACCAGGACUACCAGCUAAGAUACCAGCAGCAGUACCUGCAACAGGUGUAUCCGCCGAUGGAAAUGCAGAAGGGUGAGAACUACGAUUGCUAG